AUGAUGAACUCAGAAAUUCCGACCAUACUUGCGAAUGGUCUUCCACUCUGCUCACAGGGUCCGGAAGCAGACCGCCGUUUGUCUCUCGAUACUAGCAUUCCAAAGUUACCUUCCAUCCGCCUACCAGUGAAAAGUCCUCAGGUACUUUCUCCCACAUCCAAAUAUCAUUUCAAGGAUCUACCGGAGUAUGUGACUGCUGUAAAUGCCUCCGAUAGUGCGACUGUCGCAUCGUGGGUUGAUUCAAACGACGUCUUAAUUGUGGAUAUCCGUCCAUUCAACUUCUAUUCCAAUUCAAGGCUUAGAAACGCAUACAAUGUUUGCGUUCCCACAACACUCCUCAAAAGAGCCAGUUACGACUUGCAACAGGUAUUCAACAGUACAAGCUUGCCCGCACAGUUGAAAGAGAAGGUCAUAGCACAUUCAACUCCCAUGAAAGUACUCAUAUACGAUGACUCUAGCUGUGAAGAUCAUGUCAUGUUCUCAAUGUACCAAAUGGUACAGAAAUUCCUGAAGUACGACUGUUUCGAUGUCGCAUACUUGAGUGGUGGACUUCUGCUGGUUGAUUCACUGUUGGUGGAUGCCUCAACCGCUCUGCCACUACGAUCCCCAGUAUCUCCGGUCACCCCAAACUCCGCAAAAGCUUCCAACGCUGAGUUUGCCAGCAGCAACCACGGAAUGACCUCUAGUGACACAUCAAAGGAUACCUUGCCUCUUUUGUCAGGCUUUACAUUGCCUUCAGCAACAGCAUCGAAUCAAAAAUUCAUCAUGUCCAUGAAAAAGGACCUACCAAAACUUGAUACCAAUGUGAAGUACAACUACAACUUCCACCUCCCAGAAAAAUUCGCCGAAAAGAAGGAUAAAUUGCCUAAGUGGCUCUCGUUUUUCGCCGAGAACUGUGAUGAAGAAGACUACAGCAAGAAAAUUGUGGAGAAAUUGAGCGAGAAGUUUAAUAAGAUCGAACAAACCGAACAAGUCCGGUUAAACAUGGCAAUCUCCAAUUUUGAUGAGAAUAACAAGCGGUCACCGCAUUACCAUUCAUGCUCUCCAAAGAGCGAAAGUGUCACUCCGCUGGCGAUGUGUCCUUGCUGUGAUCCAAUCGACUACAAUAUACCUAAAGGCAUAGAAAAUGGUUACAAGAACAGGUACAAAAACAUCUGGCCUUAUGAGCAUUCGAGAGUGCGGUUGAUUUCCUCUCCAUCGUGUGCCCCGAAGAAGUCCAGCGAUGAUUACUUCAAUGCUAAUUACAUUGACUUUGACAAGUUGUCACUGACCAAGUACAUUGCUACCCAGGAUCCUUUGGAGGCCACAUAUGAAGACUUCUGGAACACCGUUUGGUAUAACGGUGUUAAAGGUAUUGUUUGCCUCACCAUCCCACUGUUAUUGGCUCCACAGACGUAUUAUGAAGGUAAUCAAUUCUACUCCAAGAGCAAUCUAAAUAUUGAAAUUGGCGACCCGCAGCAGUUCAAUGGAUACUCCAUGCGUGAGAUCACCAUGAAGAAGAAGGAAACCACUCGCAAGGUAUUCCAUUUUGCAUACAGUGAAUGGCCCGACUUUGGCACUCCCGACAACCUCAGCUCCAUUUUUGAAAUGUUGAAUAAAAAAAAUGAAAAGGUCGAGACCUUGAGCGGACAGCGACCACCAACAAGCAAGGUGCCCAAGCCCUGGGAACUACUCGUGCACUGUUCUGCUGGAUGUGGUCGUACUGGAUGCUUUAUCACCAUAGACAUGGCGUUGGAUUGCUUCCUGGCCGAAGACCGUCUCAACCGUUACGAUCCAUGGGGCUAUGACGAUUUAGUGUAUAAGAGUGUGCAAUUCCAGCGGCAGCAAAGAGUUUCCAUGGUUCAAAACCUCGACCAGUUUGUGUUUUGUUACGAAGCUAUCAUGAACUACGUUGUGGAGCACCUCUUGUAG